UGCUGGCCUUCGGAAUGGGCUCGACUCCUGAGCCUUGAUUUCUCCACUUGUCCCCCAGCAUAUCAACUUUUUAUUUAUUUUUAUAAAGCAAAGCCUCUUCGCGAUGACAUUUGGAGGUACGUCUACAGAUCGAGACACCGCAGAGGCAUCCGUUGCAGACAUUUCACGCGUUGCCAUGGUAGAUGUGAAUUGGCAGAUGAAGUCAGCCAGGUGAUUUCAGAACUGUUUCCUGUGCGGGCGGACUGGCUUGCAAGUUUCAGUUCCUGUGCAGUGCAGUAAAGCUACUCACUUGGUCAGAGGAUCGCAAUGAAACCAGCUCAGGAGCGCAACCAGGAGUGCCUACCUCCUAAGAAGAGGGAUCUCCCAGUUAGUAACAGUAGUGGAACUGGAGGGACAGGGGGAGGUGGGGCUUCAGGAGGAGCAGGAGCAGGAGUAGGAGGAGGAGGAGGUGAAGAUGAAGUGGUUUCCAUCCAGAACUCUGUGGCUAACAGUGACUCUCAGGGAGGGACCCCUGGAUCUGGAGAGUGGCUGCGAGCUCAGCCAGGGCUUCAUUAUGGAGUGGAUAGUUCUGAUGGCAUACCAGCAGUGCCAGUUGACCAGUACAGUAUGCUUUAUAAAGUAGCUCUUCCAUCUGUUACCUACUCACCUACCAGUCUUCACCCAGUGUUAAGCCACAUCUCUCCAGCCUACACUGUACACUCUCCUCUCUUGCAGCAUCCGGGUCUCCCUUACCCUCCUCUUGGUUAUGCCCAGAUCCCUCAUUCCUCUCUCCAGUUUGUUAGCUCCCCUUAUGCAGCAGUACCCUACGCUCUGCCCCCAGGGUUUGUCCCGGGCUCAUUAAUCUCUCCCUCAGGCACAAUCCCGCAGCCCCAUGCUGUGUCCCACCUCGUUCCCUAUCCAUCUGUCAUACAGGAAGGUGUUGUUUCCCCACCUCCCCCGGCCCAGGUAGCUGCUCAUACCUUUGCCAAAGUUGCAGCAUCUAGCGGUGUCCCGCUGAUGUUGCCUUCAGAGCAAGCUGCCCAGCAGCACCUUGGUACUGUAGGAGUUCUACCUGCAACAGAGCUCAGCUCUCGAGGGAUGCCAGUCUUCUACCAUCCUCAGGGCGCCAGGGCUGCCACUGCCACCAGAGACCCACAUAGUGCCCAGCAGGAGAAUGAACCAGAGAUGAAUGGAGGGGAUAAAGAGCAGGGGUCCAGGGAGGUUGUGCCAGAAUCGGCCUACACUUCCAGAAACGCACGGCUACAGCAGGUAGCACCCAGCUCUGCAGCACAGGAGCACAACCAGGACAGAAGCCUGCAGAGCCGCAGGUUGGAAGAGAGGAGCUCACCUGGCCAACGCAGCACUCCAGACAGCGACCUGGAAGUGCAGCAGGUGGUUGGUCGUUUGGCCUUCCCUGGCCAAGGCAGCAGUGGAGGGAGGAAGGAGGUCUCCUUUGCUCCCUUGAACCUCUCUCAGGGUGCUCAGAGAGCCAGAGAUGUCCAUGGAGAGAGCACAGGAGUAAUUUCUGGCCGCACUGCGUACGCAGCCCAACCUGUGAGUUACAGUGACCCCAGAGUGACGGGUCUCCAGCAGCAAACAGGGCAGCCAGGCCAUGCUGUCAUGCUAGCUAAUGGGCAACCAGUCCUUAUUCCCCUGGAGUAUCAUCCACAGCAUCAGCCUCAACCACCACAGCAACACUACCCAGGACAGGCUAAUGAUGCCUCAGCCAGCCAUGCCUCUACCACCAUGGCCUCCCCUAACCCCAGCUUUAAAGCCUCUGAUCCUUCAGCCAGAGUGUGCCUCUCUGAACGGGCUGUGGGCGAGCCGGCCACAGCUCAACAGCAGCAGCAGCAGCAGCAGCAGCAGCUCCCCCAGCAGCCGCCUGUUCAGCCUACAGCAGAUGUGACUCAGGCCUUAGCUUCAAGCCUCAUUCCUGCCUCGGCUCCCUGCAACCCGUCGCACUUCAUGAAGGGCGCCAUUAUUCAGUUGGCUACUGGGGAACUGAAGCGUGUGGAGGACCUGCAGACUCAGGACUUUGUGCGGAGCGCUGAGGUGAGUGGGGGGCUCAAAAUUGACUCCAGCAUGGUGGUGGACAUCCGUGCCAGCCAGCAGAGACCAGGUCUUGUGUCACUUCACUUUACUGUUGGGGAGCAGCAGAGCAAAGUGACCAUCGAUGUGCCCCCGGAGCACCCCUUUUUUGUGUUCGGCCAGGGCUGGUCAUCCUGCAGCCCGGAGCGCACAGCCCAGCUGUACGGCUUGGCCUGCCAUCAUCUGCAAGUAGGAGACGUGUGUGUAUCCAUCACCCUGCAGCAGCAGCUUCAGCCACAGCAGCAGAAACAACCGCAGCACCAUCAUUCACAGCAGCAACAGCAGAACCUGUCCAGGACUUUGAGCAAAACCAACGCUACAUCAGGACCUGGUCACCAGCUCAUGGGGCCACCUGCCCCUCAGCAGUCACGGCCACAGUCUCAUUUCAGGAUAGACCGCAUUCACAGAGAAAGACAGAGGGAGGGGGAUAAAGAUAUGGUCGAUAAGGAGGAAGCCACACACUUGGGGGUUGUUGGGCACACUGAGCCGCUCAUCAGGCCAAGUAGGACCUCAGCAGAGCAUCCCAGGAGUCAGAGCAGUUAUCACUUGCACACAGAGGGCUCUGCUUUUACAGGAGCAGGGAUGGGAGCAAUGCAGGCUGCACUAGGUGCUUCUCAGAGGCGUUGGUCCUCACCUGGCCUCCAAAGAUACAGUAUGAAGGGAGACGAAGGGCAACGCCCUCAGAUAAGCACCUCCGGCCACACAAGGCCCUCAUUCAUUCCCCAGGAGGUCAAACUGUCCAUUGAGGGGCGCUCUAAUGCAGGGAAGUAGCAUCACAUUUGGUAGCAACUACAGAAGAGACUGCCACGAGUAAAAAUGAGUCUGACAAGGAGAGAAAGAGGAAAAAAAGAGUGUGAAUGUAGCCUCAGAAUGUUUGAGAUUUUGCACACCUAACAAAAAAAAUACAAGAUCUUUGUCGUAUCUGGUGAGAAGUUCUGGUUCCGUUUCACUCAGCCAAAGGAUAAGAGCCUGUGGUAUCCCAGCCAGCAGAGGUCUGACAGGGACACGAGAAGCUGAGUAGAAAGUAUGUAGCUGAUGAAAUGCCUACCCUAGUCCUUACACACUGCAUUUCUCUUCCUCCCUCCCUCCUUUGUCACCACUUCCUCAUACCCACGCUUGGAGGUCACCAUCUCAUUUAGAAUACUCUUGCUUCCUUUUUGACCAACACGGACUACGAAAGAAUGUGUUUGUAGCGCGGUGAAGCUACCAACUCUGCAGGGUUUGAGUAUUGAAAAGAUUACAGCCAAUGAUCUUUUAUCUCCUCCAUUCCUAAGAUCCUGUUUCCUUCUAAAGCAUUUACCCAAAAAAGAGUGAGUUUGCUGACACCAGUGGCUCCUGCGGUGAUGUUGGCAGCGUUGACGCUAACUGUCAGUGUAUGUUACAUUAUGCCUCUACGGCAGGAGUCUAAAACCUCUGCUGUCAGCAGAGAUAUUCUCUCCCUUCCUUGCUUUUCAGGAGGCCGGUCUGCAAAGAGUUGGAUCCUCUCUCAGGCCAAGCGUGGCAUGUCCCACUUGUCUUACAAUCGAAAAUAGUGAUAAAUCAAUCAGUCUCUCUAUUCAGCAAUCGACUUUCACUCCAAAAAUAGUUUGAAUUCAUCAUUACACACCAUCACGCCCUCCGGUUUGGGCCGACGUAACUAACACGUGUGUGUCUUUGCAUAAACGCCACAAAUUGGAAUCACGCUUUGUUCUCUAUGAAUGUUAGAGAUAUCUUGCAUUCCAGUAUCAUCAGUGAGAAUAUCCAUCAGUUAGUGUUGAACUUCAUUCAAACUUCAUUUAGAGAAUCAUUUCCCAUCCUGAGCGACACCCUCCCUCCUCCUCCUCACUAUACCUCAAAGCUUUCCAGACCAGACCGGUGACUUUUAAUGCAAUUUUGAAAUGGUGUAAUUAAAGGAGGAGGCACUGGCUGGUCAUCACCAAAGCUACCUGUGGGAAUGAACAUCCUGUCACAUCACUGACUGCAGGACACUUUAGCGUAAACCCUGGACAGCGGGGUGGAAGGGCCUUCUUGUUUGAAAGAAAGCCUGUGUGCGAGUGAGUCAUCCACUAGGUGUUCUUUCUGUCCGCAACUUGAGUUACUGUUUGCUCAGUUACCAAAUUAAAGCAAUAGUUGUUUUCACAGCUCGCGGCUGUACUGCUCUCCAUAAGGAAUCUCUCUUUUAAUCUCUACAUUUGAGGUGUGAGAUCUCUUUUAACCCCGACUUUUAAAGGUGAUGCACUAUUUUGGUGUUCAUUUUCAUCGAUUCUUCAGUAGUUCUACACAAGCAAAGCACGCCUUUUGAUAAAUUUCUCAAAAACCAUUGUAGAUUAAACAGCUUCUCUUGUUUGAUUCUCCAUCUCACUGAUGAUAUUUUAUCUUGUAUGGAUUUACUCAAGUGCAUCUUUAAGAGAGGCUUGACUCUAAUUAAGUUGUGAACAUAGUUGUGAACAUUAUCUUCUGUAUUGUCUUUUUGUUUUGACGUAUUCCAGUACAGUACGGUCCUUCGCUGUCGUGCUAGGACAUACUUUAUCCAACGCAUCUUAUGAUUGUCUUGUGUUGCACAAAUGUCACUCAUUGAUUUCACACUGACCUUGUAAUAGGAAUCACAGUACAGUAGAUGUUUUUUUUUUUUGUUUUUUUUUAUGAAGGGAAUAUGUUUAAAGUGUUGUUGUUGGUGUUUUGUGGUGAGAUCGAAAAAAAAACUGACUUGCAUUUUUAACUCUGUUUACAAAUUAGCCAAGAUGAAUGCUGCAGUUUCCUCGUGGUGACAGAAUUUUUUUUUAUCCUCGUCACUGAAAAAAAAAAAAUUUUUCAAAAGGGUGAAAUUGAAAAUAAGUGCAAUUAGAUCACACAUGAAAUCAUUCAGAGGUUUCUAAUCAGACUGCAUACCACGCACAGACAUUCCCAUUGAAAAGCGUGACUCACACAGUACCAGUUUGUGUUUCCUCACCUCUGACAAAACAUUUGAUCACCUUUAGAAUAGUUCAUACUUUUUUUUUUCAUAUCUCCUUUCAUGUACGUGCUCAGGCACAAAUCUAAGGAUUUGUUAGUUACAUUGUUGUCAGUUUUGUGUCCGACUAAUGUGCCGGUGUCAGUACUUGUAGACUUUUGAGCUAGCUUGUCUAUUAGCCCCCCAGACACUGUUAGAAAUGAUGUCUUCUGACCAGCAAGGGUCCCACUUCCAGUGCUACACAGAAGCAAAGGUAUUAGAUUUAUUUCAUACACACCCGCUUCCCUGCCCCCCACCCUCGAGUAAAGCCCCUGCCUCCUUGUGGUCCUUCGAGUACAUAACCUUAUGCUCUGUCCUCAGGUUGAGGGGCAUGAGAGAAAUAUCCCACAGGAUUGACCCGAGGACUGAACAGGGCCUAGUAGACUCAUCCACUGGUACUGUCAUUAUGAGAUUGCCAUUCAGAAAAUAGUUUUACUACCAUUUCAGAACACACAUCACACACUCACCACGUUGUGUUUUUUUCAUGCUGUAAGCAAUAUACAUAAUACCUGAAAACAUUUCACAUAGUCUUGGCGUUUUCUAUGCAGUAAACUCAGUAUUGUAAAUGUCAUUGUCUUAAGUACACCUGUCUGAAGCAGCAGGGCAGGUUGGCUGAUGCAGUCUUUUUACGCUGAUGUCUGGUUAUUGGAUUUAUGCUUUAUUCUUCUAGUGAUACAAACCAGUAUUUUGCUUUGCUACUUUUUUUUUUUUUUUUUUGCUCAGUGGUUCCCAUCUUCCCACCCGUAAGUCACAGUAAACUCUUAUUGUCUUCUUACGAUGCCACACAGCUGGAGCCGUACCACUCAAAAUGAGUGUCGCUCACUUUCCGUGUGUUAAUCCAGCAUUGUUUUUGGCACAAUUGCCACUCAAACGCUGUGUUUUAGGUCAACAUGCAUUUGGCGGGUUUUGAACAGUGCAGGCAGUGCCACCUGUGACUUUACCUCCAGUUAAUUCUCGCAACAAAGGCCAUCCUGUGCUACCACGAGCCUUCAAGCAGGAGAGCUCCACUCGUACCAAGAUGUCCGACGGAUUUUACUCACAUCACUUGAUAGUCUGUUGCUGUAAUUGCACUAAAUGCCCUUCUUUACAGUGUUUAAAACUGUUGGUAAACUGAAGAGUUUCAAAAAUGUAAAGCACACAAAAUCAUGGAGAAAUCACAAGUUGUGUGUUUCUGUAGAUAGAUGUUUUUGGGUUUUUUUGUACAGAUAGCUUUGAUAAUGCUUGUCGAUAAUGCCUUAAAUUCUGCUUUGUACAAUGUGUGUUGACAUAAUGGAAUAAUGCUUCUGGUAGACUUGGUGUUCCCUUUUCAGGCUGUGCAAGAGCAAAUCACAAAUGUCCAGCCUUGACACUCUUGUCAUGCUUACAAGCUGAAAUGAAUAUUUAGAUGUCCCAAAGGGUGACAAUGAAUUCCCUUUUGGCCCCAAACGGUUCAACCAUGAAAUGUGCAACUUUAAUUGUGUGUGUGUGUGUGUUUAGUUUUUGUUUUUCUCACAAUCUAUUCCGUUACAGUUCUCAAUGCACUCUUUACUUAACAUUUAAUUCCUGUUUUUUCCCAUGUGUGGACGUGAAGUAAAUGGAAGCACUUCUUACAAGACAAUGCCAAGAGCAUCAGCAACAGAAGGCAAUCCAUCAACUCUUACACACACACACACACACGCAGACAGACACACGCAUCUGUUGUUAUUUUUAUUGUUGUUGCACAGGAUGCAUACUUUUUUUUUCAUCCAUAGAAUAAAUGGAUUGUGUUUGGUGUAUUGUGCUUUGUACCCACAGUCUCUGGCCAACAGAAGGUGGGUUUGAGUGUAUGGAGACAGACAGGCUGCGUAAAUCUGAUAGCUUUCCAUUGGUGGUAAUGUGACGGUUUAUUUGUUUUGUGACGUUGGCAGUGCAGAUUUUUUUUUUUUUUCUCCCUGUGUGAUCUACUUCCUAUUGUUUGAUCCAGUAUUGAACUGCAAAGGUGAAUUUAAGACUGUUUUUGGUAUUGCUGAUGUCGAAUUAAAUCAGGAGAAAUACAGAACGGUUUAAAGUUUUAAA